ACGAACCGGAUUCCCUGAUUCCAGACAAGGGGAAGCUCGCUUUCCCUACUCUCGUAGUCGUCGUCGUCGUCGUCCUCCCGACGUCUGGUGGCAUCGGACUUGCGUGGCGUGGAGGUCCUUCCGGACUCGGGGUCGAUUUGCUUGUCGGCGCCGAACCCUAGCUUUGCUUCGACGGCACCCACCUGCGGUACGCCCGUGGCCCCAAGCAGUCAAGCGGCACGGAAGAGUUUUGGUUGCAGAGACGAGCGGUCGCGCCGGCGAGUGGGCCCGAUCCUCACCGCGCCGGCGAUGGCGAGCAGCUCGUCUCCGUCGCAGAUCAUCUGCGUCUCCUUCAAUCAGGACAACAGCAUGUUUUCUGUCGGCACCAAGGAUGGGUUUAAGAUCUUCGACGCUCGUAAUGGGAGGCUCUGCUAUGAAAAGAAUCUUGGGGGAUUCAACAUUGUGGAAAUGCUAUUUGGCACAAACCUACUUGCCAUUGUCGGAACUGGUGAACAGCCUGCUAUGUCUCCUCGUCGUCUGUGCUUGUUCAAUACCAAAACUGGAGCAUCAAAGAGAGAUCUGAACUUUAAGACUUCAAUUUUGGCUGUUCGAUUAAGUAGGAAGAGGCUUGUUGUUGUAUUGCAGGAUAGGACUUUCGUUUAUGACCUCAAUAGCACUACUAUAUUGGAUGAAAUUGAAACGGUACCGAAUACAAAAGGUUUAUGUGCAUUUGCUCCUAAUUCUGAAGAGUGUUAUUUGGCUCUCCCUGCAAGCACAUCCAAAGGAUCUGCUUUAGUAUACAAAGCAUCAAAACCGGAAUUAAUAUGCCAGAUAGAUGCUCAUCAAGCUCCAUUAGCUGCAAUGGUUUUUUCUUUGAAUGGUUUGUACCUGGCAACAGCUUCUGAAAAGGGUACUAUGAUUAGAGUGCAUCUUGUCGCACAAGCAACCAAGUCACAUAGUUUUCGGCGAGGAACAUACCCAUCAACGAUCUAUUCACUGACAUUUAGUCCCUCUGUUGAUCUUCCUGACGUUCUUGUUGCCACAAGUUCAUCAGGCUCUUUGCACAUGUUUUUCCUUGAUGCUUCUAGGAAUGCAAGGAGACAAGCAAAUACAUUGCUCAGUUCAGUGAUUCCUGGAUCUGUAACUGAUGCUUUGGAUCCAGCUAAUCAUCAUGUUAUUCACCACGUUGUCACUGCAGACAUCAAAAGCUGUCUGGCAGUACACAGUGUUGAAAAUUCCCAAAAUUCUUCCAAAUUUCCUGCAUUGAAGACUGUAAUUUACAUUGUUACACAUGAUGGAUACUUCCGAGAGUAUCUGAUCAGCACAACCAAGUCAAAUGAAUCUUCGUGGUUGUUGCUGCGUGAAUUUAAUCUCCUGGACGCUUGUUCGGGUAGUCCAAAGCAGAACGAGCAGCACAUAGACUGACUUGUAACACUCGCUCCUCUGACUGGAACCUGUUAGGUGAUUAUAUUUGUAUGUACUCACGGGAAUUCUUCGGCCUUUACUUAACCGGGCAUUGGGACUAACUUCCAGUGUACAUAGUAUAGAGGUGUGCAAUCACUGGUGGGAAUUGACAUGUUGUGGGCUUGUGGCGCGUGUAAAUUAUUAUAGAAGUAGACAGCAAGUUUGAUGCAAUGCAUAAAAAGCUUUACACCUGCUGAGAUGGUUUCCUUUCCAUUGUAAUAUUGAGUACUUUUCGCUUUGAGCCAGUUAUCCCUCCCCCACCCCUCCUCUCCAA